AUGUCUAAACGCAAAAAAGUGUUUGUUUUGUUAUUUAUAGCAAGUGUUGUAGGCCUUGGAGUGGCUGUAUCCAUAGCGUUCUCUGAGAACUUCAAAAAAAGUAAUACAGAUUUUACUGUUCAAGUAGCAAAACCUCUGUCGGAUGAUUUUGAGCCUUGCGAAAACCGCGAGAAAGCAGAGAGUGCUCUACAAAAAAUUGGCAAUGUGUUUAGGGGCACAAUCACAACUGAACGCCAAGCAAGCAGGCAGAAGCCAGGCGAUUCAUGUGCAAACUAUUCGGACGCAGUUGUCUACUCCGCGUCCCGCGCGUGCCAAGAGCGGCGCGGGUCAUUCCUAGACUUCUUGUGGUCCCUUGGGGGCGGCUUUGCUUUUAAAGCCACGGUCAUGCUAAAAAUACAAAGGAGUCCGGAAAAAUACAAAUACUUGUCUAAAAUUUCCGACUGGGACAACUCUUUUGUCUCGCAGUUGCUUGAUUUUAUGGGCAGCCACAGCCCCUUUCUUAAGGACCUACUUAAAAUGCACCAAAGUGGAGAGAAGCAAGCUGCAGAAAACUUGAAAAUUGACAGGCUGCCAAUGGCGAAAGAAAACUGGAAAUACGAUCUGGACAAAGCCAUGCUGUCUAGGUGCAAGAUGCGCUGCAUGCCUGCGCGCCCCACUUCUGAGUGCUUAACCGCUGCUAUACAAUCUCUGUUUACUAUUCCAGAGGUGUUUACGGAUCUUGUCACCAUAACUUCUUCCAAGAUCAAUAGGCUAGAAGAGGCGUGGUCAACUUCAGAGGGCAUACAAAAAUUCAAUCUGAUUCGUGAGUCCCGCGGGAUUCCGGAGGUUUAUUUCCACACGUUCAUUCGUGCGAUCCAUAUGUUGUCUGAGGCUGCUUUGGAGACAGAGUUGGGUGACCGAUCGGAAAAGAGCCAAGCUUCGCUGAGCAGAAUAUAUGAUGACCUUUGUGAAAUCCUAGACAUUCCUUGUAUGGACUCUGUAGAGCACUUGGCAAACACAUACCGAAUUCUGUAUGCCUAUAUGACGAUUCUGUACGAAAUAUAUCCAAUGACUUUUAUGGACGACAAUCUUUUGGGGGUGGGCGUGGUGCUUCCAGACCAAUACCUCGAGAGCAUUUUCUAUGUGCGGACAGAAAAAAACAAAAGCAGUAUACAGGCGAAUCUCCCAUCCAAGUUUGAUGUUAAGUCUGAUUUUGUUAAAAUAGAGCUGUAUGCAAGCAAAGAUCCUCUGCAGCACAUAUACUAUGUUGAUAAUGAGAAGCAGUGCCGAGAAGUGGUUAUAGUUCCUAUUGAAGGCGCCUAUGUGAUGUGUUGGGAAAUAAUCGACUAUAUUUCAGUUCUUCACAAAAAGCCAAAGAGCAACAUACACGUGCUUAGCUACAGCCUUGAGGAUAAAAAGUGGUCCUACAAAGACCCUGAAACAACCCAGUACUUGAAAGAAAGCCCCGAUUCUUCCGAGAUUCUUGUGUUCUACUACAUAAAGCAGGCUUGCUCUGCAAUCGAUCCAAUAGAUCUGUAUUUUGUAGGGUUCUUGGAAGCAACGAAACCUUGCAGAGAACCAGACCACAUCAGCCUUCCUCUGUUCUUUACCAAGUUGCUAGUUAACUCGAUAGCCCUCCUUGAUUACAACUUUGUCUCUGGUAAAAUUGCGCCAAUAUCGUCUUUUUCUCAAAUCGAUGCAGUGUCUCCUUUCCUGUACAGCCCGUCGCAAGACAGAAAUGCGUUUGCCUAUUAUCAGAACAACACAGUCCCAAUACGCAGAGAAAACACCGGCGACAUUGAUAUCGACUUGGAAAUAGCAAAGUCCUCUCUGGUUAGGGAGAAGACCACCUUUUCUCAUGAAAAAGAUGUCCGUGUUGAGGGUUUUAUAUACAAAUAUCUCACAAGAGUGAUGUCCCCUGGGCGGUACUAUAACAUCUAUAUGAAAGACCAUGCGGAGUUGCGUGGGCCUGGCUAUACGACAGACAUAUACAACAACAGAGUUAAAACAGCCGUUUCAACGGACAAGAAUUUUCCCAACAUAACUUCCGUCUUUACCAUUGAUUAUGAUGAAAAAAACUCUCUCGUUGAUGGCUACCUCUCAAGAAAUCACAUUUUGACGCCCCAGGGCAUAUUCAAUUCGGCUAAUCCUCCAUCGUAUGAUAAUAUGUCUCCAAUUUAUAAAUAUAUGAUCGUGCAUCCACGCAAGGGCGAUGCUUUUGUCCAAGCAACAGGCGUCUCUGACGCUCUUGUUAAGCUUCUGCUGCACUAA